CAGCGGGGGUUGGCAACAGCCAACAGCGGGCGAGCUCCCUUUCUCUCUCUAGAAUCAACACCGUCGUCGUCCUGCUUUCUCUCUCUAAAAUCUCUCCUCCUUACCCCGCCGAAUCGAAGCCGUCGACUGCUGGAUUCGACACCCUUUGCAUGAACGAGUCGACCAGUCUUGACGAUCGGCCGGGAAAGAACUUGGGUUUCUGAGGGCUUGGACUCAACUCAACCGUUGAUUUCGGCGGAGGGUGUUUGGUUUUUCCGAUCGCGAGAGAGCGAGAGAGAGGAAUCGGAGAUAAAUCAAGUCUGCAUGAGCUGGUUGGGGAAGCUUGGUUUCCUGAAUCUGAACACGAACCACUUCAUCACGUGCCUGUUGAUCUUCAUCCUCCACUUCUCCCCUCAAUUGCCCCGGCCCCUGCUUAAUUUCCGGACGGAGCAGCUGGACCCAUUAUUAUCACUACUGUUAAUCUCGAUUAAUUGUAGUAGUAAUCGCGGGCUUUGUCUUAAUAGCCGAUCACCGUCGUCGUCGUCGCAUUAUGGAUUCCGGGAACAGGAGUAAUCGCAAUUUGCACAAAGCUGAGUGCUAUUCAACUGAGAGGAAGCGUGGCAGGACCCCAUCUGUUAUUGUUCUAGGUGCUGGCAUCGCUGGACUUGCAGCUGCUCGUUCUCUUCAUAAUGCAUCAUUUCAGGUCACCGUGCUGGAAUCACGUGAUAGAAUUGGUGGUCGAAUCAACACCGACUACUCUCUUGGUUUCCCCAUUGACCUAGGUGCUUCAUGGCUGCAUGGUGUGUGCAAAGAAAACCCAUUGGCACCACUGGUUGGUAGAUUGGGACUACCUCUAUACAGGACCUGCGGCGACGACUCUGUCUUGUUUGAUCACGAUUUGGAAAGCUAUGCACUAUACGAUGCGGAUGGAAAACAAGUUCCUCAAGAGUUGGUCACUGAAGUUGGUCAGGCAUUUGAGGAGAUCUUGAAGGAGACAAAUGAGUUGAGGGAGGAGUUAGAGGAGGACAUUUCCAUGCAACAGGCUAUAGCAAGUGUGCUUGAAAGAAGGCCAGAUUUAAGGUUUGAGGGUCUUGCCAACAAGGUGUUACAGUGGUAUUUGUGCAGAAUGGAAGGUUGGUUUGCUGCAGAUGCAGAUACAAUCUCUGCUAGAUGCUGGGAUGAGGAGGAACUGCUUCCUGGUGGACAUGGCCUUAUGGUUAGGGGUUACUUGCCAGUUGUUAAUACCCUUGCUAAAGGUCUUGAUAUCCGCUUGGGUCAUAGGGUAACUGAUAUCAUCAAGCGCUCCAAUGGGGUGAACGUGACUGUAGAAGGCGGCAAGACAUUCUCUGCAGAUGCUGCAGUUAUCACCAUUCCUCUUGGUGUGUUGAAGUCCCACACGAUUAGGUUUGAGCCUAAGCUGCCAGAUUGGAAGGAGAAGGCUAUCUCCGAGAUUGGGCUUGGGGUUGAGAACAAGAUUGUAUUGCAUUUUGGGGAGGUGUUUUGGCCCAAUGUGGAGUUUCUCGGGGUGGUCGCAGACACAUCUUAUGUAUGCAGCUAUUUUUUAAACCUUCACAAGGCGACGGGUCACUCUGUUCUCGUUUAUAUGCCUGCAGGGCAGCUUGCUAGGGACAUUGAGAAGAUGUCUGAUGAAGCUGCUGCGUCAUUUGCUUUCUCACAGCUGAAGAAGAUUCUUCCUGAUGCUUCUCCCCCGAUUCAGUAUCUCGUAUCUCACUGGGGGACGGAUGCUAACUCCCUCGGGUCUUACAGCUAUGACCUAGUGGGCCGGUCCCAUGAUCUCUACGAAUGGCUGAGGGCUCCAAUAGACAACCUAUUCUUUGCAGGGGAGGCAACGAGCGUGAGCUUCCCGGGUUCUGCCCAUGGGGCUUACUCGACCGGGCUGAUGGCAGCGGAAGAAUGCAGGAUGCGGGUCCUGGAGAGAUAUGGGGAGUUGGACCGCUUGAACCCUUUAAUUUAUGAGGAGGCCUCGCAGAUCAUGGUCCCUCUGCAGAUCUCCCGCCUGUGAUCUGAUUACCCGAGUAGCUACUACUGUCCCCUAGCAUAAGUUCUCGUGUUCGCCAUAUGCUGACAUAGGGAUUCAGGCAAGAAAUGCAUUAUUGUUUGCCAAUUUUGGCUGGUCGGGCGGCGGGAAACCAUUGUUUUCUGCCGGGCGAACCAAUCAAGGGUGUGGUGGAUCAAUGUGUAGGCCCUCUUCUAUGCGGCAUACUUGUGAUCAUAUUAUAAGACUAUUAAUAACAAAUGAGCAGUAGUAUUGGCGGUGCAGUUGUGUUGUGUCUUUGUUUUGUCCGAGUCUUGAAGAGCAAAAGGGACUGUGUUCCCAUUUACAGCCUUAAAAACGUUUGAUUGUGAAUUACAAAAAUAUUUUAGUCUCC